CAUACAUUAGUGAGUUUCAAUAAUGAACACAUAUAGUGGCAACCAACUGAACAUUGCAGCUGAAACAGGUGAUAUAGAUCUCCUCUACAGAGUAAUUAAUUAUGAUCCAUCCAUUUUGGAGAUUAUAGAUUCAAUACAAUUUGUUGAAACUCCUUUGCAUAUCGCCGCAUCUUUGGGGCAUAUCCGAUUUGCCAUUGAGAUUACGAAUUUGAAACCUUCAUUUGCUUUGAAGCUAAAUCCGCAAGGAUUCAGCCCGGUUCAUCUCGCUAUGCAACACGACCAAAAGAGGAUGUUGUCUCGGUUUGUUGCCAUGAAUAAAGAUCUUGUUAGAAUCAAAGGGAGGGGAGGCUUAACUCCUCUUCAUUUUGCAAGUCAAAUAGGAGAGGUUGAACUUUUAGCUGAGUUCCUCACAGCUUGUCCGGAUUCCAUUGAAGAUGUGACAGUGAAGGGUGAGACUGCACUGCAUAUUGCUGCUAAGAAUGAUCAGUAUGAGGCUCUUGAUCUUCUUGUUUGCUUUCUUAGAAAAAAUAAUAAGAGAGGUGCUAUGAAGAUUCAAAAGAAAAUAGUAAAUUGGAAGGAUGAGGAUGACAACACCAUUUUGCAUAUUUUAGCACAAAGAAAUUUCGAGCCACAGGUAGUAAAGGCACUUGGAUUGUUGUUAAAGACAAUGAUAAAUUUGAAGGCAAAGAACUUGGCGAAUAAAACUGCGUUGGACAUGGCAGCCAAUGUAGAUAUAAGGAGUAUAUUGCUGGGUGCUGGAGCAAAAUCAAACUCACAAAUCACCGAUGCUCCCACACUUGCACAUAAACUCAAAUCAAAUACCACAGUUAGAGCUAACAUUGCAACUUUUAUAUUACGCACUGAAAGUAAUAUAUCAGAGGAGGAACGUAACAGUUGGUUGAUAGCUGCGACUCUUGUUGCAACAGCCAUGUAUCAAUCAGCUCUGAGUCCCCCUGGUGGAAUUUAUCAGGUUAAUGCUUUUGAUGACAGUGAUCUGAAAAAGAACAUGACUUCCUCCAAUUCUACUAUUUCUACCAAUGUUGGGAAUUCAGUCUUGUCAGGACUAGAAUUCUCUGUGUUCUUAAUUUUUAAUAUGAUUUCCUUUUUUCUAUCAAUUAUAGCGAUAUAUAUUAUGAUACCAAGAGGAACAAUAGGCGCUCUAGUGGCUGCUCCAGUGACCAGCUUUGCCUUUAGUUAUAUAUUUUCUAUGUUUAGGAUAUCCCCUACAGAUGGCAAUGAAUGGACGAUUGUCAUCAUUUUGGUUUUAAUUAUGUUUACCCCGUGUAUUGAACUUUUCUUAAAAAUUUACGAUGAUGUUAAGUCCGUAAUUGUUAAGAAAUUGAAUAGAUGAUGCUUAAAGAAAUAUUGUGGCAACUCAGACUGCUGCCCGAAUUCACAGACAAUAUCGCAACAUCCACUUGAAGUUUUCCUUGUUAUUGUUUCUCGUUAACUUUAUAGAUAGUUGUUAGUGAUUCCAUGUAAUAAAUAUUUUAGACAUAUAGCUUGCUUUCUAUUCAAUUCAAUAUAUGUGUAUUAGUAUUUGUUGUAUGGAAGGAAAUUGGACUAUUCAACAUCAUGUGUGAAUUUAAUAUUCUUUUGCAAAGUAUAUUACUAGUCUUGUCCUUUAAAUAAGAAAAGAUCAUGUUUCAACUGGUUCAAAUUUCUUUUGUAAGCACAUGUAAGUGGAUUAACUUAUGACA